AGAAGAUGACAGGAGAUUAAUAGCACGACGUGCUGCUCCAACGCGCACUGGAAUUGCGGGAGUUCCACAACAAAUAAUUCCGUUACUAGAUCAAGCUGGUUUUGGAUGGAUAGCGCGUCUUAAUUAUAUCAAAGUUAGUCCUGGUUUGUUAACGGCUUUGGUAGAGCGAUGGAGACCAGAGACACACACAUUUCACAUGCCAUUCAGAGAGUGCACAAUUACUCUUCAAGACGUUGGCAUGCUUGUUGGUCUUCCGGUUGACGGUGAACCGGUAUUAUCUCGAGGCAGUGCAAAUAUAUUGGGAUUGGCUGAGGAGUUGUUAGGGGUUGUUCCACCGCAGUCUGAAAUUAAAGGACAUCGCGUGAAGCUAUCUUGGUUGACAGCAAACUUUGGGGACAUUGCUGAUGACAUAGAUGAUGUACAUGUGUUGGUUCGUUAUGCUAGAGCCUGGAUAUUACGUUAUCUAGGAGGAGUGCUUGUUCCUGAUAGAUCUUCGUCGUAUAUGUCCUUACGGUGGUUGGUGUUUUUGCGCGGCUUUGGUAUUAUUAGGACUUAUGCAUGGGGUGCAGCUGUGCUUGGAUGUUUGUAUCGGAAUUUAUGCACCUCAAUCGAUUACAAAACCCCAACCUGCGGUGGAUUUAGCCUUUUAUUACAGUUAUGGGCAUGGAAACGAUUCCCAACCAUUCUGUCUUCACCAUUGCCACCUAUUCCUCCAGGCAGUCCAAUUGGUUUAAGGUGGUCAAACACAGCGACCAAAAUAAGUAUGAACGAUGAUAUAAAAUUUUAUCGCAAAUACUUUGAUCGUACUACUAGGAAAUCUCCAGAUAGGGUGAUGAGGCAAUUUGGUUGCCAACAACCAAUUCUAAAUCCUCCAAUGACUCCUGCAAAUGUGCAUGCAUUGACCUUACGUGGUAAGGUUGAAGAUGACUGGGCUACAAUAUUAAGUCCAGCAUUAGAGCAUUGGGGUCAUCGAUAUGCAUAUCACUUCACACCUACUCCUCCACAGGUCGGACUAUUAGAUCCGAAUUCAGAAUACAUGAGAUGGUACCGGAGGAAAGGGAAGCAACACAUUGAUCCAGAUGAAGUUAAAGAGUCAAUUCUG